AGUGUGCUGCGUCAUCUCAAAUAAACACUUCCAUGUUUUCAGAAUGGCUGUGAAAGAGCGCGUGUGUUUUAUUUGUUAAAGAAUUAUUUCGCAUUUAAACCAAUUAGGGUGUUUAAGGAUAUAACAUUGACGAUGGGAUUACUCACGAUCUUGAAGAAGAUGAAGCACAAGGAGCGGGAAAUGCGACUACUGAUGCUUGGUCUUGACAAUGCUGGAAAAACAACCAUCCUGAAAAAGUUUAAUGGGGAAGAUGUCAGCACUAUUUCUCCAACGUUGGGGUUCAACAUAAAGACUCUUGAGCAUAGGGGGUUUAAUCUGAAUAUCUGGGAUGUGGGAGGUCAGAAGUCGUUGCGGUCGUACUGGAGGAAUUAUUUUGAAAGCACAGAUGGACUGGUGUGGGUAGUGGACAGUGCAGACCGAUUGAGACUGGAAGACUGCAGAAAAGAGCUGAGUGUCUUAUUACUAGAGGAGCGAUUAGGAGGAGCCACUCUGCUAGUGUUUGCCAACAAACAAGACCUGCCUGGUGCACUAUCAAAAGAUGCCAUACGAGAGGUUCUAGGCCUGGAUGACAUUAAGAUGCAUCAUUGGUGUAUAGUGGGAUGCAGUGCAGUGACUGGCGAAAAUCUGCUGACAGGCGUGGACUGGUUACUUGAUGAUAUAGCAGCUCGGAUCUUUACAUCUGACUGAGGGACUGAACAUUUCAACACAUAGGGACAAUUCAGAAGGCUCCUGUUAAACGUAUUAAUACAAAUAUAUCUUAAGAUUUAAAGUUUAGCUCCAACACAAUGUACCACUUACGGAUGAGAUAUCAUUAUACUCCUUUUUCCAUUUGCCCAGUAUAUCUACUGCAUUGUUUCAAUAAACCUGUUACCAUUA